UAAAGCGCAAAGGACGCCUUUAGCACCAAUAAUAGAGAUACUGAACUAUAAACCAUGCCGAACGACUUGGAUUUAGACCAUUUAUAGAGACUGUGUCAUAAGACGGUUUAUUUUGUUUCGGGCAAUGGCAUAAAUGCUUUUUUCGACGUCUGUCUUAUCAUAGGCUUACUGCGAAUGACAGCUGUCCAAUCAGCGGCGUGAAUUUUUUUUCUACACCAUAUUCGCUUUUCCCACAGGCUGGGCUCCUCCCCUUCGCCCUCACCCGCUACUAUUCCCGGGUCCGCCUGAGGAAUGUAAACUAUUCAACAUGGAGACGUCAGUCAAUAAGCUGGAGGCUCUGUUUCAAAAAGCCGAAUCAGACUUGGAUUACAUUGAACAAAAACUGGAGUUUGAGAUAAGAAAAAGUCUUCCAGAAGAUGCAUCCGUACAGGAAAACCCUGUGAAAUUAUUGGAGCAGUUGGCAACAGUGAAAUUAAGGUUCAAAACGUUAUCAGCACAGUUGGAAACGAUUGCAGCUGACCAGCAAAAAUCAGUAGACGGUAUUCAAGCGACUAUUGGUAACACAUUGAAAAUGGUGCAACACUUACAACAACAAACUGAUUUUCAGGUGUCACCUUUUUCACAAGAAGAACUUCGUGCACUUCAGCAGUUAGAAAACCUAGCAAUAAAAGGAGGAAAUGUGCAGUGAACAAGAGCAACUGAAGGCACGAACAGAUUUGCAGAAUGAACACUAAUGGGAAAAAACUUGUCAAACAGUAUUGGGUGUUCUGUAUUAGAAAAUAAGUUAGAGCCUGUUUAAAUUAUGCUCUACUUUUUAAACAGGAUGUCUUAUCUCAAGGUGUGUUUUUAUUGAUGUACACAAUUUUCGAGGUAUAUUUAUUGUAUAGAUUAGGAAAUAAUGGCCUUUAUUAUAAAAGACAUACCCCAAUAUAUUCUGUUUGUCCUUAAGGAUAGCUUUGUAUUGUGUAAAGCCAUGCCUGUCUCGGGGCGUAAACAUAAUCUAGGAAUCCAACUCAACUAAAAGGGAUAAUACCAAAAGGACUGCCACUAAUUUGGGGGUACCCUCAUAGCUUUUCAUUAACUCCAUUUCGUUCACUUUAAAUACUGUUACUGAGGUAUUUUAAUGUGUACUGUAUAUUGCCCCAUGCUAAUGUAAAGAAUAUUUUGUAUUAAAUAAUAAAUAUUUUUUUUACAUUU